AGUCCCGUUUCUUGGCUGACCCUAAUUCACCGGUGGACUGCUUUCUUUUACACUGACUGUCAAUCCUUGCCCGAAACCCGUCGCUCUGAGAAUAUCGGUGAUAGGAAACAACGGAAACCUUAUAUUUCACGGUUUCCAGCUUCUAUUCGAUCUACAGAACACUCACGCUAUGAACACUACUACUCCCUUUGUCGUUCGCUGGGCCAUCAUUGGUGCCGGCUGGAUUUCUGAACAGUUUGUCCAUGACCUUGCUAUGGACCCAAGUACCCGUGACGUCAAGGAUGUCGCACACGCUGUGGUGGCAGUUGAUUCACGAACAAAGGCAAAGGCCGAAGCCUUCAUCAGGGAUUAUUGUCCGGAAGGAGGGUUUGCCCAGAAGGCUGGAUACUGUGACUUACCCGUCGAGGCAGUGGAGGGAUAUGAUGCUGUGUACGCUAGGGAGGAUGUUGAUUGUGUGUACAUUGGUACACCACAUAACGACCAUUACUUCAGCGCUAAGGCUGCCUUGGAAGCCAAAAAGCACGUUCUCUGUGAGAAGCCUUCUACCAUCAAUGCUGGUCAAAUGAAAGAGUUGGCCGCCCUUGCUCAGGCUAAUGGUCUUUUCUUCAUGGAAGCCGUGUGGACUAGAUUUUUCCCGUUGAUGUAUGCUUUGCAAAAGGAUAUCCACGAAACAAAGGUGCUUGGCGACAUUCAUCAAGUGAAUGCUGACUUUAGUAUCAAGGGUGUUGGACGUGUCCCGCUCACUCAUCGUCUUUUGAACCCUGACUUGGCUGGCGGUGCCAUUCUUGACCUUGGCCCAUAUCCUUUGACCUGGGGCUUGAUGACACUUUUUCAUCACCCGGAUAACAAGCUUUCUCCCCCCACUGCCGUGAGCAGCAGUAUGCAGUUGCAUCCAGAGACAGGAGUGGAUAUUUUCACUACCGUUGUUUUGGAUUUCCCCAAAAUGACCGCCCGUGCUAACUUGACUUGCAACCUCGUCGUGGAAUCACCAGCUGAUUGUACAGCUCGUAUUCAAGGUACAAAGGGAGAAAUCAUUGUGCCUAGACCAGCACCUCGUCCCGAAAAGUACAUCAUCCGACUUGAUAACGGCGAGGAGACUGUCAAGGAGUUUGCUAUUCCAGGAAAUGGCUAUCACUGGGAAGCUGAUGCGGUUGCCCGUUGCCUGCGCGAUGGCUUGAAGGAGUGCGAGAGGAUGACGGUUUCUGAGUCCAUCAUGUCCAUGGAGCUUAUGGAUGAGUUCAGAAAGCAAGGUGGAUACGAGUUUCCCGCAUCCCUAGCACAAUAAAUGCUGAGCUGGAUAUGUAACGAACAUCUCCUCCCCUCGUAUAUACUAUAAAAUGAUUGUCAGUAAAAAAAAACGCGUACAGUUCAUUUUAAAAACAAAGAAAAAGUGACUAGAUGGG